AUGGACAACAAUCUAAAUUCACAAAUCGUUCUCACAACAAUUACAAAUAGUCAAAAGUAUGGUGAUGCCUUGAAAAAGUCAUUGGAAAACCCACCUCUUGCUGCCAAGAACAAGGAAACAAAGAAGAAGAGUGCCGACGUUGUUGCUAAAGUUUUGGUAAAUACCAAGGAAGCUGACAUUCCAAAGAUUGUUGAUUCUCUUGAUGCUGAUGAAUUGGAUAUUUUGAUGAAGUAUAUUUAUCGUUGUUUGGAAACAGGAGAUAAUGACUCCAAGCCUCUCUUCAAGUGGCACGAAAAGGUUCUCGAAAAAUCGGGAAUGGGUAGUAUUGUUAGAGUUUUGUCUGAACGUAAGACUAUCUAA